ACACGUGUUUUUCACAAUUUAAAAAAUAAAGAGGUUCUUUCUUUAAAAAAUAUUUUGUAAAUCCUAUCCCGACAUUGUUUAAUUUCCAGCAUUGCACGAGCUUUCACAAGUUUUAUAACUUUCCAAAAUUAUAGCGAUGAAUUCGCUUUAAAAGGACACUCAUGCUAUCGAUCAAAAAGCGCUCGAAACUACUCCCAAAGCUGAGUUCAUUUGUGUUCAAACUUCAAAGUACAACUUACAAGCUUUCAGCUAUGGACAAAUCAUCAGGAUAUCUUUGCGAGGGUCUGCCAUUUUUGAGAUAAUGCACUGACGUAUUUGAAGUUUAUGUUGUACUUCAACAUAACCUUGAUAUUUGUGCAGAAUUUUAACUCGAAUCUCAUAUGAAUAGACAGAUAUCAAACCCGAUGAUGAACUCGGCAUUGUACAAACUAUUUAUACACUAUGAUGAUUCACUUAUCAACGAAAACAAAUCUCAAAGUUAUUCCUACCUUGUCAAAUUUGAAAUGUCCGCUUCGCUGGCUGUUCGUCGCUACGUUUGUCAAAUGAAUCUUCAUCCACUGUGGAAAUAUUAUCUUGUUGUUCAGCUGCGGAAAUCUAAAGCCAUUCAAUUGCGGUUGUUUUGCUGGUUAAUGGCGAUGCUGCAAGAUGUUAAAGAAAAACAACGUUGUGUAAAGUUAUGUGAACACAGUUCAUUAACAACCAUACCACCAGGAAAGUAUAAAACACAUUCAAAAUACACAAAGAUCAAAUUGCAGCUGGUUGCUUUGCACAACACAGUGCAUAAUAUGGAACCUGAAAUUAGAUGGUCGAUCAGAGCUUUACGUCAAAUGCUUGAACAUCUACAACUGGAGGCUGUGUUUGCGUGGUUGUCGACUCUAGGUGGAGCUCAUUCCGCACUCGGAGAUUAUUUCAACAGAAAUGCAGAAGUUGCGUGGGAGUUAUCCAUGAAACAAUUGUACAUAGCAGUGAAGAUUGGUGAUCCAAUACUGGCAGCUCAUUGCAAAGUGUUUAUGUCAAUCAGUUUGAUGCAAAGGGGGCGUUUUGUUGCAGCUUCAAGAAUUAUCAGAAGUGUUUCAAGAAGCAUAAGGGGUGAUAAAAGAUUACAAGAACGAAGGUUAAUAAAUUGCUGUAAAGCUGCCAGGAAACGGCUGAGAUACACUCAACAAGAGAACAAGGAAAUAACACAUGAAGUCCACAGUUAAGAUUGACAUAGAUGUACUUUAUAAAGCGGAGUGAGACGAAGAAAGCGACAGUUCCUAACAUGAGGAAGAAGAUGUAACAGAUCAAGAUUGUCCAA